GAAGACUAACGUCCUGCAGUCCUUUAUCCAGCGAUUGAGCGCUUGACGUUGAGGUCAUUUCCAUCAUCUCAUCUUAUCAUUAUUCUUUGUUUUUACCCACCCGAUCAUUUGUUUCAGUCCUAGAUUCCCCCACGGUUUGGUUUGAUGACUGAUGUUCCCAUGUGACCAUUUACAUUCCCACAUCCACACACACGCACUGAAGCUCUGUCGCCGACAUCCCCUCUUCCUCUUGUCUCUCUGUCUAUCUUAUCUAUCUGUCUGUUUGUUUAUUCGUUAUAUGCGGCUGUCUCUCGGUCAUUUUUCUUCCGGAAUAAGGAUUAAAAAAAGGUAUAUAGUUUUGGCAUGGCAUUUUAUUGCAUGAGCAGGCGUUACCGACUCCCCGUUUGCCUGUAUGCU